GAGUGUUCGUGCAGUUAGUGUUGGUAUCCCCGACGUUUGGAUGAAGCUUUUUCGACGAGCCAUUCGUGUGUAGUGGUUGGAGUUGUUAUAGAAUACAAUAGACGUAAAACUUAUUAGUUUGUAAAGGUAAUUGAUUUGUUCCCUUGGUCUGCAAGUUCCAACACAUUGAUUGAAGAUUUGCAGGCUAACUCUGAACAUGGUAGGCACAAGGGUAUAUGUCGGAGGACUUCCAUAUGGUGUCAGGCAGAAGGACCUCGAACGAUUUUUCAAAGGUUAUGGUCGAAUUCGUGAAAUUCUCCUCAAGAAUGGCUAUGGAUUUUGUGAAUUUGAUGAUUACCGUGAUGCUGAUGAUGCUGUGUAUGAAUUGAAUGGAAAGGAAUUACUUGGAGAAAGAGUCUCUGUAGAGAAAGCGCGUGGUACACCGCGCGGGAGUGACAUGUGGCGAGAUUGGAGUAGAAGUCGAGGCCCUCCCCCGCGAAGGCGGAGCCGCGAUCGGGCCAAGGAUAUGGAUGUCUAUUAUCAUGACAGGUAUGGACCACCAACAAGAACUGAGUAUCGCUUGAUUGUGGAAAAUCUUUCUAGCAGAAUAAGCUGGCAGGAUCUGAAGGAUUUCAUGAGACAGGCUGGAGAAGUUACAUAUGCUGAUGCUCACAAACAGCGUCGAAAUGAAGGGGUGGUAGAGUUUGCGUCAUAUUCUGACAUGAGGAAUGCACUUCAAAAGUUAGAUGACACAGAACUUAAUGGCCGUCGUAUCCGUCUAAUUGAAGAUACACAUUCGAGUAGAGGCAGACGGUCCCGUUCGUCUAGUUCGCGGUCUAGGUCUCCUUCGCGUUCCAGAUCACGUCGUCGCAGCAGGACACGUUCAAGAUCCAGGAGCCGUGGUAGUCGUUCAAGGAGUCAUUCUAAAUCAAAGUCUGUUGGCCGUUACAAAUCGCCAUCUCGUUCAAAGUCAAGAUCACGCUCAAAAUCAAAGUCCCGUUCAAAGUCAAGAUCACGCUCAAAAUCGGAGGAGCGGUUUGAUGUAAAGGCAAAAUCGCGGUCACCGUCGAGCUCGGGGUCUCGUUCAGAGACUAGACAGAGAUCUAAAUCAAGAUCUUUAUCGAGACCAGAGAUGGAGGAGAUGGAUGGUGAGUCUGGUGAGAAGUCUCCUUCAAGAUCACCCAGCAGGGAUGGGAGCAAAUCGCCCAAGUCCACCCGUGGGUCUGAAUCCCCCAAGAGAAGUGGUUCAGAGUCACCUGAUGAAAAAGCCGAUGAUGAGUAAGAGUUCAUUGCUGGUGUUCUCUUGUGGAGGAUGACAGUGCAGAUAGACUCUGUAAAUUUAUAUUCAGUAUUGGAUAUUGAAAAUCUGAAUAUUGCAGAAAAAAUUCCGCCUGUGAAAAUAAAGUUCCAGUGAUUGAUGUGCAAGUACACACAGGGGAAGGUAAUUAAAACAAAAAUGACAUUAGGUAACCCUGGAGUGAGUACUGUACACAAAAGGGUACAAAAUGUUGUGGUGUCUCUUGUGUAGUAUGUGAGCUCUGAACUGUUUCAAAGUUUGGUAUUCAGAAUUUCCCACUGCAAGUAAAUAUUCAUCAUGCAAGAGUGAAAAGUGUUUUUACACAUCUAAUUAAGUGGUUUGUAAAAAUUACUUUUAAAAACCAGGAUAGACAGAAACAAUUCCUCUUGUGUAAGGCCGAUCUUAAUGCUGAGAGAAAGAGAGAGAGAGAGAGAGAGAGAGAGAGAGAGAGAGAGAAUUUUACAAUAGACUGUAUACUGCUUGGUCCUUUGCCCUGCCGGCCGGAGCGGCCGAGCGGUUCUAGGCGCUACAGUUUGGAACCGCAUGACCGCUACGGUUGCAGGUUCGAAUCCUGCCUCGGGCAUGGAUGUGUGUGAUGUCCUUAGGUUAGUUAGGUUUAAGUAGUUCUAAGUUCUAGGGGACUAAUGACCACAGCAGUUGAGUCCCAUAGUGCUCAGAGCCAUUUGAACCUUUGCCCUGUUAUGUGUGAGCCCAAAAUAACAUUCUAGAAGCAUUCAACAUUAAAACAUUUACCUACUUCCUAAGUACAGGGUAAAAUGUGUAGCACAAAUAGCACUAUACAGGGUGUUUCAAAAUGAACAUACUGAUUUUAAUGCGUUGUAGCAUUUAUUAUUAUGUUAAACUUACAAUUGUGAAUAACACACAAAAUGAAAGAGCAACUCCCAAACAAUUUUGUUUGUACACCUGUGCGUAAUGGGAAGAGUAUGGAAUGACAGAGUGACUGAAAAACGAGUGCGAGACUUUCACACUUAGCCCAAGAAAUAUCCCCGCAGAAAGUUUAUGGGUGGCAAAUCAACUGUAACUGAUGUUCCUUAUCUUGAUGUGCUACAGCUAUGACCCGUGCCUCAAUGGGAAGAAGCAGAACAACACAUCUUUAUUUGGGAGCAAGAUGGUGUGCCGCCUCACUGGUAUAACUCAGUAUGCGACUGGUUAAACAAUGUUGUAUCUGACUGGUGGACUGGGUGAAAGAGGCCAGUUGACACAGCAUUUUUAUGCAUGACCUUCAUGUUCACACACAUGUUCAUUAGUAUGUUCAUUAGUAUGUUCAUUAGUAUGUUCAUUAGUAUGUUCAUUAGUAUGUUCAUUAGUACGUUCAUUAGUAUGUACCUCAGAUACCAGCUGAUCUAUCCGAUGUUAGACACAGUGUUAUUGCAAUACUUACUCCUGAUACAUCGAUAAAGGUAUCUGAACAACUUGCCUAUCGGCUCGAUAUGUGUUUGGUGCUCACACUGAGUAAUUGUAAGAGAAACUGUUUUUCUCUUUCAUUCGGUGUAUUAUUUAUAAUUGUAAGGUGAAUGUAAUACGUGCUACAAAGCCUUGAAACCUGUAUAUUCAUUUUGAAACACUCUGUACUAUUAGAAUUGAUUUGCUGGACAUUUCAUAGUGUUAAAAUAUUUCCCAGUGCUGAAAUACUGCUACCUUUAUAAUUGCCAUGAGACUGAUAUUCAGUCUUAAAUAGUUUUUUUUAUAGGGUUAAAAUCCCUCAUUUACUUUGUCAUUGAUAUUGCAGCAAGUCAAGCGGUAGGGGUCACUCACCAUCCAAUUGUAGUUCUCGAGUGCCCCAUGCUCGCUAUACUUGAAAAAAUAGAACACAAUUUAACCUCUGUACCUGUGCCCUCAUUUCUGUAUUCUGUCAUAUUCUUCUCAUGGCCAACUGGUGAAUGUUAGAAUGUAGUUUACUGUUCCAGAAAAUUGUACAUAAUAGCAAUGAAAUUUACACAUUGACUAGUGUAUUUGGCCACUGGAGUAUCUUGUAUACUACGUGUGUGCUGCAAAACAAUUUGGUGUUGGUUAUCAUGAAGUUAGUCCUACAAUCCAAAGACAUCACUGUAUCAUAUUUCUAUGUUUGUUUGCUACCUUGAAUUUUAAAACUUACACUGAAUGUAGACAUCACAUGUUUGAUGUAAAGUAGUAUUAUCACAGAAUGAAAGUUUCGAGCCUAAGCAUUUGUGCUUUAAGCUGUAGGAAAUUCAUUGGUCAAAGGUCCAAGCAUUAUAAAAAUGUCAAAUUCUUAGAAACAAGUUGUGCUGUGUGUUUUAUUUUUUGAAAAUGUCUGUAUUCAUACAAAAUGUGUGUAAUGUUAAUAGUUAACAUUUUCCAACAUUAACAUUAUGUUGAAUACCAAGACAGUGAUAGAGAUGACUGACUGUAGUCUGGUGUCUAAUUUUAAUUACUUAAUGAAAAUCAUGAAGUUCGAUUACAUAGUGUCUCAUACCGGUAUGCAAUUUGAUAUUUUAAAGUUAUGACUUAGACAGCUUCUUGAGUAAAUGUUGUUUGUACAGGCAAAGGUGAAUAAAAUUUUACAGCAGCAGCAGAACUCUUACAGUGUGGAAUUAAGAUACGUGUUUCUGGAAGUGACAAAACAAUGUAAAAGUGAGAAAUAUAGCCACUGGUAGCUACACAUAGUUCGGUGUUAGUUGACUUUGACACUGUGUGUUUUUGUGGACAGAUAGAGACUGCAUAGUUUUUCAGUCAAGAAGUUGAAGUUCUCCGACGUUACAUGUGAAUGAAUCCCCUUACUGCAUUGUAAGUGUCAGACAUAAAAGUGGUAAAAUGAAAGAUAGAGAUUGAUUGAAUGUGGUGAUAUAUUCUUGUAAAAAGUUUUUGUGUCAACUUUUGGACUUGAUUUCAUGAGACUGUGAUGUGACUGAUGUCAGGGUCAUUUGACUAUUGCAUAUGAAGAGAAUAAGUUACAACAGAAGUGAGAAAUUAGUACUCAUAAACUUGAUCUCACUGCAGAAUUACAGGCCUGUACUUUAGUAUUGCAUUGUGAAGAUUGUUUAAAUUGGAACCAACGUAUUUCCAAAACAUUACUUUACAGUGAGUCAAGAUUGAAGUUUGUGGAAUUUGCUGCUUCUGUAUAGACAUAUGGAGUGCAGUGUGUAGAUUUAAAAUUGUGGAGUUACAGCGUAACUCUUAAGUUGUGAAAGAAGAAACCUGUUCGUGAAGUUUAACUGGUGUUGUAUACUCAUUUGUUUCCUGUAAGACUAAUAAUGGAAGUUGACUUUCCAGAUGUUUAAGUUAAAAAUUGAAAGAGAUCACUAAAUUUACAAUCAAAUUGAUUGUAUACUUAGAAUAGGAAACUGAUCAGUAAAUUAGAGCUUCAAUUGAGGUGUGAAAAUUUAGUGUAUUUUUGUGGAAUUGGUUGAAGACAUUGUUGGGGAGAAGGUGACACCUUCUCCAAACCAUCUGCAGGGGUCUCAUUUAUUAGAAAAUUCAGAUAUUGCACCUGUUAAAUGAAAGGAGCAACUUUAAAGAAAUGAAGGUGCAGUUUCUGCUAUUGCAUUUAAUGACUAGUGUAUCUUCCAUGUUACACAGUGUUGUAACAUUAGAUGUUUUGUAUCCUAAAACUGUGAUGAGUGGUGGUGUUUGUUCAGAAAUCUGUUACUUUCAAAGAUCUGCUACCUGGUAAAAAGAAAGCAAGUUCCAACUACAAGCAAGGCCCUUGAUUGAUACAUGGUCUCUAGUAUAGCAUUCAUUCAUUUCAUCCCUCCUCCACACACCACCUAUUCCCCCACAUGCAUCCCCUCCUUUCAGUUCCUCCGUAAACCCCCCUCCCCCCUCUCCAAUAUUCUGCCACACUCGUCCUCCAUUACACACUCAGCUUCCUUGUUAAGGCAGCAAGGCAGUAUUUUUCUGUUACAUUUAGGACAUAGUAGUGAUCAUAACAACUAAGAAACUGAGAUGACGUUUAUGCGGGGUUUUAACACAGUUGUAACAUUGCCACAGCUACAAUUAAUGCACUGAAUAACAAUAAUGGUCAUAACACAUGUUUGAUGUACAGAUUUAACUAAUCUUUCCUUCAGGAUCUGGCCUUCCUUCGUCAAUAGUUAAUAGUUCAUUGUAGUCAACCUAAAAUAUUUGCAUUUAAAGUUGAGGCAGUCUCCUAAGUUUAUCCCAUCCACUGGGGACCAUUGUUUAACUUCAGGAGGCACAUUGGCAUGAGCACAGUAGUUCAGUUGGUUCCAUGGGCCUUCUUUCAUGUGAAAUCUUUGUCAGACCUAGCAUUUGGAUGUGUAACAACUCAGUAAAAUGUACCACAUAGUUCCGUAUUUAAAGCCAUACCUCUCUUUCAGUUUUUUGUUGUAUAAAUUUGCAGUCCAGUUCAGGGGACAAGGGAAAAUAUACAAAAAAAAGCAAGUUCCAACUACAAACAAGGCCCUUCAUUGAUACAUAGUCUCUAGUAUAGCAUUAUAGAGCUCUAUAAAGUUAAAUAGCUCAAGACUGAGUGAAACCUGUUUCACAGCAAGAUUUAGUGCAGGACUCAGUUAUGCAAUGGAAGUUAACAAACAAUAAAGUCAGACUGGUACGUGAACCCUGACUCUUCCCUUUUAUGGGUAGUAGCCGUAGUGAGUCAGCUAUCCAAACAUGACCUAUGAUCCAACUGGAAAGUAUGAACUACCAGUAGCUUUGUUUUACUUCCCAAAUUCUUUAGACAGUCUCUUGUAUGCCUUGCUCGGCUAACACCUCUGGGAGAAAGGAACUAGGAUAGGCACUAUUAGAUCAUCGUUCCUGGAUGCAUUGAGUGUCAUCUGUUAAUUUUUCAGUAAGAGCAUUGCUCAUGAAAGCUGGGAGUCUGGGCUGAAGUUUGUCUGGAUCACAGUUCAAUGUUGGGAAGCCUUAUAACUGUAUAUAUUCAGCUGCAGAGUGAAAAUUAAUCCAGGAAAUUUCACAAUGUAUGUUGCAGAGUAAUAUUGACCUUUUUGCGAAAGCUGGAAAGUAACUACUGAACAAAAGAGAUCAGAAAUCAAAGAUGACUGGUACAUACCUAAGUUGAACAGAUAUGGGCAUCUACCAUAAUAUGUUACAAACAGACGUGUGUUUUGACCAAUAUGCGUAAUGGCAAAUAGAAAAUGUUCCCCAUCCAUUCUCUCUUUGCCAGUUACUAAUUUACCCCAUUAAAACACCUUAAUGACCAUUGAUCCCUGUACCUCUGCAUUAACUUACCAUGCAAUCCUUUGGGUUUCUGUCCCGUGUUGCACAAUUACCAUUCAUGUGUUUAUUUUAAUGAGACUGUGAACUCGUGAGCAUUGUUGUACUUGGUAUUCACUUGAAAAUCUUUUUUUUAGAAAUCCUCAAUUAAUAUGAUUAAGCAGGUCUUGUCUGUACUGUCAAUACAGCAUCACUAAUUUGAUUUAAAAAAAUUCAACAGUUCUGCUGGAAAAGUUGGUAGUAAGUUACAAAUUUCCUUUGUUAUCCAUCAUUUAAUGGCUGCAUUUCAUACAUUUACUCCUCUGCCAUAGACUGAGGACAGCUUAUUAUUCCUCAAUUUUCAAUGGAGGUGGGAAUUAAAUGAGAAACCUUUCAUAUGUCAAGUUACUUGCCAUAUCUCAAACUUAUAUUUGUAUGAGACAGACCUAUAAUUACUGUGAAUUAUAUUGUUUGUUGGGAUUAUUACUUUCAUGAAGACUGGUGUUUCUGACAAGAAGAAUUAAGUUAAUUGUGAAAGUGUUCCUGAUUUAGCAUUACUUUGUUGACUUUAUUUAUUGUUUAAGUUUUAAAUUUAUCAAACAAGAAAUUACUCGUGUCCCUGACUUAGGGUGGGCAUCAUUUAUUAUUAUGUCGGGAAUUUAUGAUGUCUGGAAGUAUCCAAAAAAUUAUGGAAUAAUCAUCACAUGUUCUGUCUUAAAAGUUUCACAAUACAUUAAAAAGGAUGUGCUUCUGAUAAUUUUGACACAGUACAAUUCUUAAGAGAGGAUUUUCAGCUAUUACUGAUGAGUUUAUCUUAGAAAUUAAAAUUUGAAUUGAUGUGUGUUAAUGUGCUUGCUUCAUAAGGACAUAGCUUUUUGAAAACAUAAAAUAUUAGAUUAUUGCCCAAAUGAUGUGGUAAUAAUUUAGUCACUUCAGACACAAAUUAAUGUAACUAAUUGUUGAGAGUAAAAAUUGAAUGAUCAAGUAUUAAAAGCUUAAAGUAUAUUUAACUUGCUUGAUGUGGUACGUAUCUGAGCAGGUCGCGGUAAAGCUGAUACGAAGAAAAUUAUUGUGCUUUAGUAAGAAAGGAGCUACCAAAAUGGAUGUGUACCCUAAGUUGGGGAUUGCCUGUAAUUUCACUGAGGUAAAAACUGUUGAUCCAGAGUUUUAACUAGAGACUUAAAAGUAAUGAAGUAACAAUAGACUGUGAAUGUGCAGGGCACAGAAGUGAACAUGGCAUUGCAGUAAUGGUGAUAAGUGUGUGAUGUGUAGAUGUGUCUGUGUGAAAUUUUGUAACUGAAUUUGUGUAACUUUUACAUCUUUGAAUUCCUUUUUAAAAUUCUUAUUGUUAUAGAUGUUUCUUGUGUUAGAAAUGCUGCUGGUGUCUGAGCUGAGUGUGUCCAGAACAUUGUAGCAAGUGUCUCAAUAAAUUAUCGAUGGAAAAAUUAA